CUACUGUAUGCCAAUACAUGCAUUUCUCUCCUGAUAGAUUACUGUGCCAGCAAGUUUGCUGCUAUUGGCUUUGCUGAGUCUGUGGCUCUGGAGCUGCUGGCUACGGGGAAGGAUGGAGUCAAGACUACUAUCGUGUGUCCACACUUCAUCAACACUGGCAUGUUCGAUGGCUGCAAUACUAAGUGGCCUCUAUUGCCUAUCCUGGAUCCAGACUACGUAGCAAAGAGGAUAACUGAAGCCAUUUUAACUGACCAGGUCUACCUUCUGCUCCCAAAGAGCAUGUAUCUUCUCUUGGGCAUGAAGAAUAUUAUACCUGUCAAGCUUGGGGUUCUGCUAGGAAUGUACCUGGGAGCAUUCAACAUUAUGGAUGCCUUCAAAGGAUGCACCAAGAAGGAGGAGAAGAGAGGAGUAGAGAAAACAAAAAAGAGAGACAAAACAUAAAUGUAGUGCUUCAG